UGGCGUCACUUGAGUCGGCGUUCGUAAAUCACAUAGAUCGUAUACUGGGGUUGCUUUGGACGUGGACAAAAACCGAAUAAGAGUCGCAAUGCAUGUCCAAGGAUCUAUUGUCUGGCACGAUAGGAAGUCGUGUAUACGCCCUUUCCCCUGCUGUGUAGGAAGCUUAUCAGGGCACCAGGCUCUCGCUCACUUGUUCUGUUCCAUGCGCUUUGGGCUCCCCACCCUGUCCUUUGACCUAGUGGGCUUCUUAUCGGAGAGCGAAGUGCAUAUCGUCAACCGACCGACCGACAGACGGGCAGGUUCCAAAGUCCCGAGUUGCCACAGUGAGCCAUGAUCUAUCAUGUGAGGCACUUCUGGCCCCAGUCAGACUCGACCAUCAUUCAUGUGACAGGCGAUGGCAACUCGUCAUUGUCACUUGGCUGUUUAUUCGCAUUGGAG